ACUGAGCAGUAUGUUCUAACUUGUUUCAUAGACAAGAAGAGAAAAGAGAAAAUGUCUGGACGUGGAAAAGGCGCCGGUAAGACCAGAGCUAAGGCGAAGACCCGCUCUUCUCGUGCCGGUCUUCAGUUCCCGGUGGGUCGUGUUCAUAGGCUGCUGAGGAAGGGGAACUACGCUGAGCGUGUCGGUGCCGGAGCUCCGGUGUAUCUGGCAGCAGUGCUGGAGUACCUGACCGCUGAGAUCCUGGAGCUGGCAGGAAACGCCGCCCGCGACAACAAGAAGACCAGGAUCAUUCCCCGCCAUCUGCAGCUGGCUGUCCGCAACGACGAGGAGCUCAACAAGCUGCUGGGCGGAGUCACCAUCGCUCAGGGCGGCGUACUGCCCAACAUUCAGGCUGUCCUGCUGCCCAAGAAGACCGAGAAGCCCGCCAAGCAAGUAAACACCCGAGACCGGCUUCAACAACACAACGGCUCUUUUAAGAGCCACACACUUCGACUACAGAGCGAGUUCCGCCAAACUAUUAUGAAUUUAAAAUACACUGUUGAACGUCUGUAGGGAAACGUUAGUCUUCCGGGUUGAGAGCUCCGUAUAAACCAGCUCCACCGCUGAGACACGGUUCAAAAGACUGAACUACUGAAACAUCAUGUUCCAGGUCACCAGGCUGAUUCUCAUCAGGUUUAAUAUGAACAUAAACGCUGAAGUGACUAAACUCCACAAAACCAUAGAAAAACUAGUUUACAGACAGGCUGACUGUGGCUCCGCCCCGCGACACACGGGCUUCUAUUACGUCCGCAGACACGGUUUAACACUGGGCGGCGGCGUGCUGUUAGUAGACCUUAAACCGUUACUGACGAAAUGAGCGGCAGAGGAAAAGGAGGGAAAGGACUCGGUAAAGGCAGGCGCUAAGCGUCACCGUAAAGUUCUCCGUGAUAACAUCCAGGGAAUCACUAAGCCCGCUAUCCGCCGUCUGGCUCGCCGUGGCGGAGUCAAGCGUAUCUCCGGUCUCAUCUACGAGGAGACUCGCGGAGUGCUCAAAGUCUUUCCUGGAGAACGUGAUCCGUGACGCCGUCACCUACACCGAGCACGCUAAGAGGAAGACGGUCACCGCCAUGGACGUGGUCUACGCCCUGAAGAGACAGGGCCGCACUCUGUACGGCUUCGGAGGUUAAACCCGGUCCACAUCCACCGAGACUCAACAUCAACAAAGGCUCUUUUAAGAGCCGCCCA